UCUCGUCGUUUCUGUUAUACGUUUUUACUAUAUCUUCAUAAAAUCACAUGGAAAAUUUUUAUAAAUACGAAAUACCAGAAUCCAAUCUAUUGCAAGAUCUGAUUGAAGCAACGUUUUCAUUGCCUUAUGAAGGUUUAGAGAUUGACAUUGGGACGUGUUGCUACCUGUGGCACGUUCGUGACCAUGCUGUUGCAAGGAGUAAUAAUAAAGCAUCAAUGAAGAAAUCAACUAAUAUGCAUAUUCAUUCUUUCGGAUCAUCCGAAUUAAAUGAAGCAUAUGCAAAUUCUUCUGUAAUAAAAAGAAGUUGCAAGAAAGAUGAUACUGUUUCUGAAUAUCCAAAACCACAUAUUCCAUAUUCUAUAUUGACGGCACUGGCAUUCAAAAAUUCUAAAAAUCGUGCACUUAAGGUAGUCGAUAUUUAUGAAUUUAUUAACUCAAAUUUUCCAUAUUUUCGAAGUGCACCUCAAAUAUGGAAAAAGAAUAUUCGACAUAAUGUUUCUAUGCAUAAAUGGUUUAAAAAAUGUGUCUCUGGAAAGAAUGAGGCUACAGGUCUUUGGGCUAUGAAUCUAGAUUAUGAAAUAGAAUUCACUAAAGUUAUAAAAGUAUGUUUUGCUAAACAUGAGCUUAAUAUAAGAAAUGCCAUGAUGAAUCCUGAAAAUUUUGAAAAAAUCAUGAAUGGCGAAAUGAAAGGCAACAAUGUGGAUGCGGAUGCGGAACUUAUGGAUAAUUGUAAACAAUCUUCCAAAGGGUAUUCAGAAACGGUCAAUAUUGUUGCAGUUAAUAAUGACAUAAUUGAAAACAAUAAGAAUUGUAAUGUACUAUCUAUUGCCGAAGCAAAUACUAUAUUAACUAAUGCGACUUCUACUAGUGUAAUAAAAUUGGCAUCCGAUAUCAGUUGUUUAACAUUUGCAAAUAGCAUUAUACAUAUAUAUGAUACAUCAACAUUAAUCGAUUCUAUACGUGAUCACAUUUCAAGUCCAUUACCAAAUGGCAACACUCAAUAUGUUAAUGAAGUUACAGUAUGUAAUGCUGAAGAGGGAUCAAUCGAUUCUAUACGUAAUGUUUCGAGUCCAUUACCAGAUGACAAUACAAUACUCAUGAAUGGUAAUGAGGUUACAGAAUAUAAUGUUGCAGAGAGAUCACUCGAUUCUAUACGUGAUUACGUUACAAGUCUAUUACUAAAGAACAAUACAGUACUUAUGAACGGCAACACUCAAUAUGUUAAUGAGGUUACAGUAUGUAAUGCUGAAGAAGAAUCACUCGAUGACAUAAGUAAUGUUUCAAGUCAAUUAUCAGAUGACAAUACAUUACUCAUGAAUGGUAACAGUCAAUAUGUUAAUGAGGUUACAGUAUGUAAUGCUGUAGAAAUAUCACUCGAUGCUAUAAGUAAUGUUUCAAGUCUAUUACCAGAUGGCAAUACGUUACUCAUGAAUGGCAACAAUCAAUAUGUUAAUGAGGCUACAGUAUGUAAUGCUGCAGAGAGAUCAUUCGAUUCUAUACGUGAUUCUAUUACAAGUCUAUUACUAAAUGGCAAUACGUUACUCAUGAAUGGCAACAGUCAAUAUGGUAAUGAGGUUACAGUAUGUAAUGCUGAAGCAGAAUCACUCGAUGAUAUAAGUAAUGUUUCAAGUCAAUUACCAGAUGACAAUACAUUACUCAUGAAUGGUAACAGUCAAUAUGUUAAUGAGGUUACAGUAUGUAAUACUGCAGAGAGAUCAUUCGAUUCUAUACGUGAUUAUGUUACAACACUAUUACUAAAUGGUAAUACGUUACUCAUGAAUGGCAACAGUCAAUAUGGUAAUGAGGUUACAGUAUGUAAUGCUGCAGAAAUAUCACUCGAUGCUAUAAGUAAUGUUUCAAGUCCAUUACCAGAUGGCAAUAAGUUACUAAUGAAUGGCAAUAGUCAAUAUGUCAACGAGGUCACAAUCCGUAAUACUGUACAAACCGCUACAGGAUUUACAUCAAAGGACGUGCAGAAUCUUAAUUUAGGAGCCCAUACUUCGAAUACGGUUCAUUCUUCUCAAACUAUUACUAACAUCAAUACCAAUACAAUACAUAUAUCUGCAGCUUCAAAUGAUAUUACCGAAGUAACAGAGCCAAGUGUAUCCAGAAAACAGUCCCCACAAAAAAAUAAGACAACUGUUAUGGAUAUUACAAAUUAUCCGAAACCUCCGCUUAAAUACCCCUGCUUAAUAGCAAUAGCAUUGAAGAAUUCGACCAGACGUGCACUGUCACUGUCAGAGAUUUAUAAUUUCAUAUGCGAACAUUUUCCAUAUUUUCGGUUUGCACAUAAACAAUGGAAAAGUUCUCUACGUUAUAGUCUAUCAAUAAAUAAAUGCUUUAAACAUUUUGAGAAAUCUGCUACAAAUGGAACUCAACGUAAAGAACGAAUUUGGUAUAUAAAUCCCAAGUGCACAGCAAUACUUGAUAAAAAAAUCAAAAAGUUUUCACGCAAAGAAUCAAAGGCUAUACGAAAUUCAAUGCUAAAACCACAUAAGUUUACAGCAUUGGAACGUGGGGAAUUGAAAUUUGACAGCUCUGAUGCUUCAUUUAUAGAAUUAGAGAAUCAAUCAAACAUUGAGUUUCUAUAUAAUAUGUAUACUAAAGAUGAACGUGACGAUAAAAAGAUGUUUAGAAGUGAAGAUUCAAAUCAUAUGAUUGAGGACCUUGACUUAAGUACAUCGGAAGAUAUUAAUAUUGAGAUAAUUGAUAUUACACAAUUAGAUGAUGUUGAAAUAGAAGAAUCUGAGGAUAUAAUUGUAAUAGAUUAGCAGCUCGAAGAAAAUUUUCAAGUUUAUCAAUCAGUAGAUGAUGAAGACGUACUAACUGACACCGACAUUUAGUUUAAAGGAUAUUAAAAUAAAUCAAAAUGUAUAGUUACAAGCAACAAUUGAACAACAAAUACAACAGCCAUUUAUCUUCAAUCUA